AUGGACAUGGAGACCAACAAAGAAAGCUACUAUGAGUUUUCUGUGGAGUGGUACGAGGAUCCAGAAGUCCUCCAGAUGGUGAAGAAGAGGUUAAUUUCGCCCUCCGCUGCAAAAACGACAGACACACCCUCGUUACAGGAAUUGCAGUGGUAUGAGAAUCCAGAAAUCGUCCAAAAUUUGAAGAAGAUGUUUGGCCCUUCACUGUACGAAGAUGAGAAUCCUGAAAUCACCUCUUUCCUCAGUCGCUGCCCUCAAGGCUUCGAAAUGGAUUUGCUGCUAGUCCGUUGGAGCCGCGAUCCAGACAUAUCCAAAAUGUUGUAUAAUAGGAGGUUUGAGCCUCUGCUGAACGAAGAUGGAAAGCCUCAAGGCAUCGCUUUCUCUAGGCACUUCCCUAAAUGCCAUGCAACAUUUUUGCAAGAAGCUUGGCCGAAGGUGAAAUCUGCUUUAAAAGAGCAUGGUAUCAUAUGCAGAUUGGAUGUGAUACUAAUUAACUUGGAUGCAGAUACUAAUCAGGUUUUUGGUUACAUAACAAUCAAAACAAGCAAGACUACUGACCCGGAUAUUAUUGUCAAGGCCAAGCAGCUUGUUCAUCUCUUAUCAAUACGUAUUCCGCUAGCUGCUGCUAAGGCAGCAAUUAGAGUACUGACACUGAGUGAUAUGCACGGCGACAUCAUCCAGCUUGGGGAUGAGGAAAUAAGUGGACUUUGCUCAAAAUUUGGUGUCACGCAGACAUGA